GGAUGUCGCGGAGGAGCUCGAACGUUUCCGGGAUAAGAUCCGCAAGGAGCUCGACCGGACCGUCGACUUCUGGCUGAAGUUUUCCCACGACCAGGAGUUCGGGGGCUUUUUCACGUGUCUGAGUCGCGAUGGUUCCGUCUACGAUGAGUUAAAGUACAUCUGGCUGCAGGGAAGACAGGUCUGGACUUACUGCCGGCUCUACCGGAAAGUUCCUCGCUUUCACCGACAGGAGUUGCUGGAUGCAGCGGCAGCUGGCGGGGAGUUCCUGAUACGCCACUCGGCGGCCUUUGGCGAGGGCCGGAAGCGGGCGUUCUGCAUCAGCCGGGACGGACGAGCGGUCAAGGUCCAGCGAACCAUCUUCAGUGAGUGCUUCUACGUGCUGGCUAUGGACGAGCUGUGGAGGGCCACCGGGCAGGACCGGUUCCAGGUAUGCACGAUGGAAUCGAUGGCCUUGUCGCAAAGUUUGCAGACGGGAUGAGCUUAGGUGGAGGGGCCGGGAGUGUUGAGGAAGUAGAGAGGCUGCAGAAAGACUUAGACAGAUUAGGAGAAUGGGCAGAGAAAUGGCUGAUAGAAUACAGUGUUGGGAAGUGUAUGGUUAGUCACCUUAGUAGAAAAGAUGAAAUGGUUGUCUGGUUUCUAAGUGGAAAGAACAUACAAAAUACUGAGGUGCAAAGGGACUUGGGAGUCCUUGUGCAGGAUUCCCUAAUUCUUAGGUUGUGUCUGUGGUGAGGAAGGCGAAUCUGAUGUUAGCACUCAUUUCGAUAGGACUAGAAUAUGAAAAUAAGGAUGUAAUGUUGAGACUUUAUACGGCCUCACUUGGAGAAUUAUGAACGGAUUUGGGCCCCUUAUCUUAGAAAGGAUGUGCUGACACUGGAGAGGGUUCAAAGGAGGUUCACGAAAAUGAUUCCAGGAUUAAAGGGCUAAAGGCUCUGGGCCUGUAUUCGCUAGGCCUCAGAAGAAUGAGGGUGCCCUCAUUGAAGCCUGUCGAAUGGUGAAAGACCUGAUAGAGUGAAGAGGAUGUUUCCCAUGGAGGGAGAGUCUGAGACCAGCAGACACAACCUCAGACUAGAGGGGUGUCCUUUUAGAAUGGAGAUGAGGAGAAAUUUCUUCAGUCGGAGAGUGGUGAAUCUGUGGAAUUUGUUGCCACAGGCAGCUGUGGGGGUAAGUUUUUUCCUGUAUUUAAGGCAGAGAUUGAUGGACUCUGGAUUAGUCAGGGCAUGAAGGAA